AUGGGCGACCUAACGGAUUCCGGCACUCCCUCCAGCAACCCUAACUCCCGCCCUCUCCCCAUCAGGGAGGACUGCUGGAGCGAAGAGGCCACCGCCACGCUCGUCGAGGCCUGGGGCAACCGCUACGUCGAGCUCAACCGGGGAAACCUCCGCCAGACCGACUGGAAAGAGGUCGCCGCCGCCGUCAACGCCAUCCAUGGCCUCACCAAGAAGACCCACCGCACCGAUGUCCAGUGCAAGAACCGGAUCGACACCAUCAAGAAGAAGUACAAGGUCGAGAAGACCAGGAUCACCGCCUCCAACGGUGUCCUCACCUCCUCCUGGCCCUUCUUCGACCGAUUGGACGGCCUGAUCGGAUCUAAUUUCCCCGCCACCGCGACCAAGAAACAGCAGCAGCAUCGCCACCCAUCUCCGUCUCUCUCCCCUUCCCCGCCGGUGGCCCUGCCGCUCACAUCCUCGUACCGCCGAACCCCUUCCUCGAACCCACCCGUGGCGGCGCUCGGCCAGAAGAGGCCCGCCGCCGAUGACAUCUAUUUGUGGGUUUUUUUUUCCGUCUUCAAAUUGAGAAAAGACCUAGGUGGAAAUUAA